CCUGGGCCUGAAGACUCCUGCCAAGUUGGAGCUCUGCGUCAAGGUAGCCCAACCGAACUGGUGUUGCUCGCUUGACCCGGACGCCUGCAUCUACAAAAGCUCGCUUGCUCUUCGUCUCUGCAGCUGGUUGAACGAUGACUCUUACAUCGGUGCACACCCGGCAAACCGGAAGUCCGGUGAUCCAACCUGCAACAAUCGCCUUUUUGACAAUGUCGUCUACGAUGAGAAUGAGAACGCAGGGUAGAUUGGCCCUUCAACACCGUCGCACCACUCCCAUCGGUUCUCGUAGGUUCUCGUGUUAGCUUGCGGUGGACUGAAAUAUAGCUUGAGUGAGGAUUAUUGGGAUGUGCCUACCCAGUACGCAUCAUAGCCCUCCCCAUCUGUCUAGCUCAAAACCGCUUUCGGUACUUAGACGAGAUGUCCUGCAGAUCCUCGAUGAUUUGUCCGCCAGGUAUAUUGUCCGGCGUGACCUUCGCCCUGCCAACACCGUACCGCCUCGGCAGACACGCGAGAAUGCCUUAGACACCAGUGCGUGCACGAGUGGAACUCCAUCGACUUUGCCUGGUCGAUCAGUCAAACCAAGGAAAUGGAAGACUGAGGCGUUCGCGAGCACAUGCGUACUUCUAAACUGGUGGACACCCAGUGGGAAACCAGUGCGUUAUUUUAUGUGUGAAUCCUUCUGGUCCCUACAACGUCUGUAUCUUCCACUUUCGAGCAAUCAAUAAGUACUGGCUUGCUGAUCGUUCGCCUGAGUCAUGACUCCGAUGUAU